UGUUUGCGCUGCCACCACUUGCAACGUUUUUGUUCUCACAAACCCAAUAAGGCUGUUCUCACAAACUCAACGAAGCUAUGGAUUCUCGAUUCUUGACCUUUGCUGUUCUAGUCGCUUUUGGUUUCUGUCUGGUAUGUUCAGCCCGUUUCGGUUAUCGAUCACCCGCCGGAGGUAUCAGGAUUGGUUCUCCGAAGAUUAAACCGUCGAUUGGGAAAGGCUCGAACGGAAAGCUGCCGCCCGGGGUUUCUUGGAAUUCCAAUGACAAAAGCUUGGGUGGACGGAACGGAAUGGACAAGAAAAAGAUUGUUGGUGGAUUUCAUAAUAAGAAGCGGGGUGAAAAAGAGGGAGAUUCUUUGACCGGACUCGAACGUUUAUUGGAUUUUGGAAAAGGCGCUAUGAAAAAGGCUGUUCCGCUUGCAGCAGGUGCGGCUAUUGCCGGUGGCGUAGCAGGAGCCAUGGGGGGAGAGCAAGGAUCCGAAAUCAGCAUUGUCCUGCCGGACCACCCAACCGAAGCCUCCGUUAGCGUUGGCAUCGUUUCAGCAAUCACGACACCACCAGUGGAACUAGAAGCAAUGCGAGACCGAGCCAGUGAUCCACCUAUCACAGUUAACGUCACGAUCUACAUUCUUGCGGGAACGGUCGCUGGGUUAAUUACCAUCAUAUGCACAGGCGUGGUCUGCAUCAAGCGUCGCCACUUUAAAGAUACCGCAGCCCAACCCGAGGAACCAUAAAGAAUUAAAUAGUCACCGGUCGGCUGGAUCCUCCAAGAAAUUAUGCUUUUGUGUAAUGCCGGUGCUUGUAACGCUUGUCUGUUAUGUCAAU